GUCAGUACCCAUGUAAGCCAUUUCAACGGGCGCGAACCUUACAUCCAUCUGUACAGACUCCCGAAUAAGAGGAUCCAUAUAAAAUGGCGUCUCAGUACUUCCCCCUGUCCCCCAACUCGCAGCUCAUUCUUGGGACGACCGCCGUUGCUACGCCGAUCCUUCUCUACGCUAUCAAGAAACUCGCUUCCCGCCCUCCAACCGCAAACAUCGAAAUGGCAAAGAAGACGAUCAUCGUGCUCGGCGGCGGAUGGACGGGCUCGCUCGCGGCGCGCCAGCUCUCUGCCCAGCUCGACUCGCACAGGUACAACCUCAUCCUGAUCAACGACCGGCCGUACACGAUCAACCUCGUCGCCGGCGCGCGCAUGACGUCCACGACGGUCGACAACCUCGACUCGAAGGACAAGGCGCUCAUGGCGUACGACAAGCUGUUCGAGAACGGCAACGGCAGCGUGAAGGUCGCGCACGCGGUCGCGGUCGAGGAGGACAAGGAGAGCGGGAAGGGCGGCUGGGUUGUGCUCGAGGGCGGUGAGCGGCUGCGGUGGGACGCGCUCGUGGUCGCGACGGGCAGCACAUGGCAGGGCCCGCUGGCGUUCCCCGACGGGGAGAAGCUGCCGGGGCAUGUGCAGCAGUGGAGGGAGCGCGUGAAGGCGGCGAAGGACAUCUUCAUAGUCGGGGGCGGUGCUGUCGGCAUCGAGUUCGCCGGGGAAAUCAAGGAGGCGUACCCGGGCAAGAGGGUGACGGUGGUCCACAGCGGCUCGAAGCUGCUCACGGCCGUGUACCCGGACAAGUACCGCAACGCGAUCGAGAAGAAGGCGCGCGCACGCGGCAUCAACUUCGCGUUCAACGAAUACAUCGACGAGAUCCCCGAGCCUGGCGUACGGGGGCUGAGCACGCGGAAGGGGACGCACUUUGAGUCUGCUGAUCUCGUGAUUCCCGCCUACGGGUCGCGCCCGAACACCGCGAUCGUGUCCUCGCUCAUGCCGUCGCCGCUUUCGAGCAACGGCAGCCUGAAGGUGAAUCCGACGCUGGAGGUGCAGGGCCACGCGGGCGUCUUCGCGCUCGGGGAUGUCGUGGACUGGGACGAGCAGAAGCAGGCGGCGAAGGGCGCGAACCACCUCGGUAUCGUCGUGCCGAACGUCGUGAGCUACCUCGAGGGGAAGCCGCUCAAGAAGGUGUACAAGGGCAGCCCGGAGCUGAUCCUGAUCCCGUUGGGGAAGACCGGUGGCUCGGCAUAUCUGGGCAUGCUGUGGGGCAUCGUGCUCGGAGACUGGGCGUCGCGUACCAUCAAGGGCAAGGACCUCUUUGUCUCGCAGGCGCGGAAGGGUCGGGGUCUGUAAGCCUGCUCACCGUCGCUCAUUCGUCAUGCUUUUGUGCUUCCUGGGACUCGUGCGUGUUGUGCUCUCGUGUUGUUUUUAACGUUACUUUAUGUGUUACUUA